ACUGAGAGCAACUGGCCAGCGACAUUUGAGUCUUGAAAGUGAAGACAAAAGGAUGCCCAUUUACACUGAACUCGUUCUACUCGGUACUCAUUCUUCCUUAGAGCAACCAUUAGCAAAAUAAACAUUUCUAUUAAGAGCUCAUCAUUUCGUUUGCUUUGCUUUUUCACUUCCUCAACAAUGGCUGUCUCCUAUCAGUACUUCGUUUUCUUUGAUUCUACUCUACAGUUUUUCUUUAAUUUUUGAGUUUUCAUUUCAUUUUGUGAGCUGUUUUCUUGAGAAUUCAUCACCCAUUUGAGAAAAUCCUGCAAUGGAAACUGGGCCGAGCUCAGAUUCUGUAAGCAAGUCGAAGCCACAUAGAGAAAAAGCUACCUCUACCUCUACCUCUAUGCUGGCGAAGAUCGAGCCAUUUGUGUCAAAAACUGAUCAUCAUAAUCCAAGAGAGCUGAGAUCUUGGGCCAAGAGAACUGGUUUUAUUUCCACUUUCUCUAGUGAAACCACUACAAGCACCAGCGAAAAUUUUGAUAGCAGCACUGGUUUCGACUUGGAGAGAGGUCUAAACCAUCACAAAAACGGUGGGUCGUCCCCCAAAAUCGAGAUCGACCCCAUUCUUGGCCGGACAAGGCCUGCUAGAGGCUCAGAAAUUGAACCGGCCACGGGUUCAGCUUCUAGGUCAGGCAAUGAAUUCAGGAAUGGAAAUAAUAGGAGGUUGGGACUGAGAGAUGAGAAUAAGAGGAAGAGAAUAGGAGAUGAAUCUGCUUUUGGGGUUAAGGAUGGGGAAAGGAAAGUUGGAUUAAAUGGAAAUGGAAUUAGCAAUUUGAAUGUGAAUGGCAGUGGUACCAGGAACGGAAGUGUAAAUGGCACAGUAAAUGAAAUCCCGGCAACUACACCGGCGACGGAGCCAAAGAAAGAAGAAGAAAAUGCUGGAACUGAUAUUGGAAUUGAGAUGUAUCCGAUUGGGGAUGAUCCUCAUACUGAAGGGUGGCACAGACAGAGUGGAAUGAGACUUGGUUUAACAGAUAAUCCAGGUUUUGUGCCACUUCUGUAUUAUGGCCUGCAACACUACUUAUCAUUGGCUGGCUCACUUAUUUUCAUUCCCUUGAUCAUCGUACCAGCCAUGGGAGGGACAGAUAGGGACACUGCUACAGUGAUUUCUACUAUGUUGCUGCUCUCUGGCAUUACAACAAUAUUGCACUCCUAUUUUGGUACCCGACUUCCAUUAGUUCAAGGGAGUUCAUUUGUGUAUUUGGCACCAGCAUUAGUUAUCAUUAAUGCACGGGAGUACAGAAAUCUCUCGGAACAUAAAUUCAGACACAUAAUGAGGGAGCUCCAGGGGGCUAUAAUUGUGGGUUCAAUAUUCCAAAGCAUCUUGGGUUUCACUGGUUUAAUGUCCCUUCUUCUAAGAUUAAUUAAUCCAGUAGUGGUUGCACCAACUGUUGCUGCUGUAGGUUUAGCAUUUGUUGGCUAUGGUUUUCCUCAAGCUGGUAGUUGCGUGGAAGUUAGUAUUCCUCUGAUACUGUUGGUUCUUGUAUUCUCCCUGUAUCUUCGAGGAUUAUCGAUCUUUGGACAUCGGUUAUUCCAAAUUUAUUCGGUCCCCCUGAGUGUCAUGAUCAUAUGGACAUAUGCUUUCUUUCUGACAGCUGGUGGAGCAUAUGAUUACAAAGGAUGCAGCCCUGACAUACCAAGUUCAAAUAUUCUACUUGAUUCGUGUAGAAGGCAUGCAUAUACGAUGCAGCAUUGCAGGACUGAUGUUUCUAAUGCAUGGAGAACUUCUGCAUGGGUCAGAAUUCCCUACCCUUUACAAUGGGGUGUCCCCAUCUUCCACCUGAGGACAUCCUUGAUCAUGAUAAUUGUGUCACUAGUUGCAUCAGUGGAUUCGGUUGGAACGUAUCACUCUACAUCCAUUCUAGUUAACUCAAAGCCUCCAACUCCAGGAAUUGUCAGCAGAGGAAUUGCAUUGGAGGGCUUCUGCAGUAUACUUGCUGGACUUUGGGGCUCAGGUACUGGUUCAACGACAUUAACAGAAAAUGUUCAUACCAUCAAUAUAACAAAGGUGGCUAAUCAGAGGGCCCUGGUUCUUGGAGCAGUUUUCUUGAUCCUCUUCUCAUUUGUAGGAAAAGUGGGUGCUAUUCUUGCUUCUAUACCACUGGCAUUAGCUGCUUCCAUACUUUGCUUCAUGUGGGGCCUUAUUGUGGCAUUGGGUCUCUCCACAUUGCAGUACAGUCAAACAUCAAGUUUUAGAAAUGUCGCUAUAGUCGGUGUUUCAUUGUUCCUUGGUUUGUCAAUUCCUGCCUAUUUUCAGCAGUAUCAACCGGAAUCUAGCUUGAUACUCCCAAGUUAUUUUGUUCCUUAUGCGGCAGCAUCAAACGGACCAGUCCACACCAGCAGUAAACAAUUUGAUUUUGCAAUAAAUGGACUUAUGUCCAUGAGCAUGGUGGUCACUCUCUUGAUAGCACUCAUACUCGAUAAUACGGUCCCUGGUACCCGACAAGAAAGAGGGGUGUAUAUAUGGUCUCAUCCUGAAGAUUUGGCUACUGAUCCAUCUGUGCAUUCAGAUUAUUCCCUUCCCAGAAAAGUUUCACGGUUCUUCUGUUGUUUGAGGUGAUCGCAUGCACAAUAUAUACUUUUUCAGGAAUUUCUUUCCUGCAUGACCAUUAGCAGACCAAAGUCUACGCUUAUAAGCAGUUGUGAAGUUCCCAAGUUUAUAUACUGCUUGCUUAGAUUGGAGCCACAGAGAUGGGAGACAAAUGCAGCUCAAAGAAAGUUAGUGUGAGGAAUAUAUUCAUUUCUACUACACGAACUCGGAAAAUUUUCAUACAUAACUGAACUAAGACAUUGUAUUUUGAUGUCAGAAAAUAACAUGGCUGGUUUCACAUUAUGUCCAUAGUCAAAACAAUCUUUGAGAGGAAGGUAUUGUUGGCGUAGUGUGAAUCUUCUGUUGCAUUUUAGUAUUAAUUGUUUUUGUACCUUCUUCUGCAAGAAAAGCUGUGUGAUCUUAGUACUAUGUGAAUUCUUUGUUACCAUUCAGCUCUGUUAUACACAAAAUCUGUGUGUAAUUAUUAGCAAUUCAAAUAAAAUCCAUGGGAAAUGUAUUCUAUUUA